GAUUCAAUCAAUCCUUUCAUUAUUAUUAUUAUUCUCUCACUCCUAUUCGUAUAUCUCUGCUUACUAUCAUUCUUUCUAUUUUUUAUUACCCAUGGUACAUACUAUUCGAAAAUCUGUCGAAGUACGGAUUGACUUGGCAGAAGAAACUAUAUUGAUGGUUGGACAUCCUGAAGAAUCAGCUGGAAAACUACUUCGAGGUGUUCUUCAUUUAAAUACUACUGAACCUAUUAAAGUCAAGUCUAUUAGUUUACGUUUUGUUGGAAAAAUGAAAGUAUCUUGGUCUGAAGGACUCGGACAUCAUCAACAUUAUUACAAACAAGAAAGAACUAUAAUGGAACAUAGUUGGCAAUUUAUACCCAUGGCUUGUUCAAGUCAGAAAAAGACUUAUAGUUUGGCAGCUGGUGAACACAGUUUCAAUUUUGAAUUGAUGCUUCCUGGGGAUCUACCGCAAUCAUUGGAUGCUGAAGGUGGUCAAGUUCUUUAUCGAUUGAAAGCUAUGGUGGAACGUCCUGCUUUUGUACAUAAUAUUGUCAAGAAACGUUAUGUCAAAUUGGUUCGAUCUAUGUUACCUUCCGAAUUUGAAUUGGUACAAUCUAUGGAAAUACAUAAUACCUGGGUAGACAAGAUGAUGUAUGAUAUUGUGAUGCCUUCCAAAAUGUAUGCUUUGGGUGAAACUAUUACUAUGACCUUUCAUAUCUCUCCUAUUGCUCCUGAACUCAAAGUACGAUCUAUUUGUGCAUCUCUCAAAGAAUAUUGUUCAUAUACAACUAGGGAUAAUAGCAAGAUGGAUACUCGAAUUAUUAAUUAUGAAAAACUCUUGGACCCUUUCCCUCAUCAUGCUGAUACAUGGUCCCGUGAUGUUACCUUGGAUGUACCCUCUACUUCACCUCUGAUCUUUUGUAACACUGAAAAUGAUAUGAUCAAGAUCCGUCACAAAAUGAAAUUUGUUAUUAGUUUGGUCAAUGCUGAUGGUCAUCUGUCUGAAUUACGUUGUUCGGUACCUGUUGUGGUAGUGGAUUCUUUUGCUGAUCAAAGUGAAAAUAUGUUACCUGCUUAUGAUCAAACUUGGCGUUCGGUUCCUUAUGAUCCUGCUGUAUUUGAAGCUUUACGUCGAUCUUCUGUUUCUCAAUCUCGUCCUCUUCUUCCUCCUUCUUCAUCUUUGGUUAAUACUACUGAUACUGAAGCUACUACUUCUAUGUCAGAUCAAUCAUCAGCAUCAACAUCAUCACCAUCAUCAUCAUCAUCAAAUGAACAAGAAUGUCAAGCAUCAUGCCGUGCUCCCAUUACUAUUUCUGGUCGUGCAAGAACUUUAUCUAUCACUACUUUAUCAGCAUCACCUAGCAAUACUUCUUUUUUGAAUUCAUCCUCUGGUAUUCGUCAAGGACAACAACAAUCAUCGGUAGACCCUUGGUGGCAAGGAAUGGAUUUAUCUCGGGUACCUUCUUACAAUACUGCAGCAGCCAUGGAUCAUGUAGCCCUUUCUUCCUCUUUACCUGCUUAUGAUCAACUAUCAUGUUCUCCUCGUGUAUAACAAACUCAAUUUCAUCAUUCAUAGCAUUUCUUCUUCAUUACUAUAUUAUCUUACAUUCAUAUUUAUCAUUUUUUUUUAUCAUUCCCUCCUUGUUUUAUUUGUUUACUAUUUGUUACUACUAUUCUUUUGUUAGAUUUUUUUUUUUUGUUAUCUUUCUUUGGAUGUACUAUCAUUUAUCAUUCAUUCAAAAUAAAAUACCCACUUCAAAUAU